GGGGAGGGAAAGGUGUGAGUCCCCGGAUGUGAGGCGCCCGUGAUUGGCCGAUGGAGCGUUUCUUGGUAAAGGGCAACGCCGGGGCUUCAGCGGUACCGCGACCCAAGGUUUACCGCCAGGUCACUCUCGAGUCUUUAAAGAGGGUUGUGGUGAUUGAAGAUAUUAAGAGAUAUAAAUCUAUAUUGGAGCUCCCUAAUCAAACAAAGGAAAAUUUAAUAGAAGCAUUACUUGAACUAAAGAAGAAAAUACCAUCACAAGAAGUAUUGUGCUCAACUAAAAUAGGGCACACGGUAAACAAGAUGCGUAAAAAUUCAGAUCCCGAGGUGGCCGAUCUUGCUCAAGUCAUUUACACAACGUGGAAAACCUUCAUAAAAGAAAAUAGAAAUAAACCAUCCAUUGAGGUGCGAUGUGAUUCUAAAACAGAGAGUCUUAGGAGUAAUGCUCGCAGACUGUUAACUGAAGCCUUGGAACUGAAGCAUGAUGACCCUCUGACUGAAAACAUAGAGCGAGAGAUUUUUCAUCACUGUUCUCGUCUGAUCAACAUCUCCUACCGCCGGACAGUACGAGCACUGGUCUUUACUUUAAAACAUAAGCCUGAAGUCCGAGAGCAGGUUAAAAGCUACAGACUCCCAGUGAAACAGCUUAUUGAAAACCACAAGAAGUGAUUCAUUGUGGGUUUUUAAAAGUUAUUCAUACACAUAUAAAUCAUGAACUUCUAGAACUGCUGUGGCCUUUUUUAUUUAAACCAUAAAUUUUAUUUUUGGAGGAAUAUCAGUGAGUCAAAUGUGUAAACUCUAUGAAUAAAUUCCUGGUGUUUGUA